AUGGCAAUCCAUGAAAAAGAGUUCUCCACCCCACCGCCCCAUCCACCAGUGGGUACACCCCAGAACUCCCCAUCCGCAUUGCCAUGGUACUCCAUCGCGCCGGGGGUAUGGGAAUUCUUGCUAAACGGCGCCGGAGAGCACAAAGCUGUGCUGCAGUGGUGGGAGCCAAAUACUACAUCUGCGCAGACAGAGCCAAUAACACAUCCCUACAUCGAGGAGGUCUGCACCCUGCGCGGUGGACUGGAAGAUCUUUCGCUCGGAGAGUCGUGGGGUAUGGGUGCCUACGCCUACCGGGAACCUGGGAUGGAGCAUGGACCGUAUCGGGCGACGAAGGAUGGAUGCCUGCAGUUUGUUAAGGUCGUGCCGGUGAAGAAGCAGGGAUUGUGA